GGUGAGGGGAUGACAACAAAUAUGGCGGAGAGGAGCAGGACGGCAGAGACGGGACUUCUCAAAGAAAGUAGUGACAUAGGAGGUGAUGAAAUCAUAGCAGGGAACGUGAACAAGUACACUGUUCUCCCAGCUGGUUAUUCUGGACAGCCAAAAAAAGGACAUCUUGUAUUUGAUGCCUGUUUUGAAAGUGGUAACCUUGGAAGAGUGGACCACAUCACAGAAUUUGAGUAUGACCUUUUCAUUAGACCGGAUACCUGUAACCCACGCUUUCGAGUUUGGUUCAACUUCACUGUUGAAAAUGUAAAAGAAUCACAGAGAGUAAUUUUCAACGUUGUCAACUUCAGUAAAACAAAAAGCCUCUAUAGAGAUGGGAUGGCUCCAAUGGUGAAAUCCACAAGCAGACCAAAAUGGCAAAGAAUACCCUCGAAAAAUGUGUAUUACUAUCGCUGCCCGGACCACAGGAAGAACUAUGUCAUGUCAUUUGCUUUUUGCUUUGACCGUGAGAACGACACUUACCAAUUUGCUUACUGCUACCCUUACACCUACACUCGCCUUCAGCACUAUCUUGACAACCUUCAGAGGAGGAACAUGGACUACUUUUGCAGAGAACUGCUAGGACUCAGCGUGCAGAGACGGCAGCUUGACCUUCUGACAAUAACCAGCCCCGUGAACCUGCGCCCAGGUGCUGAACAGAAAGUGGUGUUCAUCACUGCACGAGUCCACCCUGGGGAAACGCCUUCUUCCUUCGUGUGCCAAGGUAUAAUUGAUUUCCUUGUGAGCCAGCAUCCUAUUGCAAAAGUACUGAGAGACCACCUGGUGUUCAAGAUUGCACCUAUGCUCAAUCCUGAUGGAGUUUACCUAGGAAAUUACAGGUGCUCUCUGAUGGGUUUCGACUUAAACCGGCACUGGGCAAAUCCGUCUCCAUGGGCACAUCCCACACUGCAUGGAGUGAAGCAGCUCAUCGUUGAGAUGUACAACAACCCGAAGAUUAACUUGGAGUUCUACAUUGACAUCCAUGCCCACUCCACCAUGAUGAAUGGCUUCAUGUAUGGGAACAUCUUCGAAAACGAGGAAAGAUUUCAGCGACAGGCUGUUUUCCCCAAGCUACUCUGUCAGAAUGCUGAAGAUUUCUCUUAUUCCAGUACGUCCUUCAACCGAGAUGCUGUGAAAGCAGGGACAGGCCGGCGUUUUCUUGGUGGGCUGUUAAAUGAUACGUCCUACUGCUACACCCUGGAAGUCUCAUUCUACAGCUACAUCGUGAGUGGAACUACUGCUGCUGUCCCUUACACAGAAGAAGCAUAUAUGAAGCUUGGAAGGAAUGUGGCCAGGACGUUCUUGGACUACUACAGGCUGAACUCCUUGGUGGAAAGACCACUGGCAGCAACUCCUAAAACUCGGAAGGAAAAGCUGCCAGUUUUUAAAUGCACCACCCAGCAGGGCCAGGGGACCAGCCAUGCUGACGGCAAGCCAGAGAAGAGGAGCCAGGCACACCUGAAGGACCAGUCUCUCUCUGCACGAUGAGAGGAGAGGAGAGGAGAGGAGAGGAGAGAAGGGCUGGAUUGGGGGGCAAGGCGGAGGAGUGCAGCUGGAGCUGGAACUGCUGAUAUUUCUCUUUUUUUUUUUCCCCAGAUAAGUAUUUCUAAGAUAACAAAUAGUCCAAAGGGGAACGAGGGAGAAGGAAAUUAGCUAGAAAUUUUACCAUUGAUUCUUUUUUAUUUAUAGACGGUAAAUCAAUUUCAGGCCUUUUUUUUUUUUUAGCUCUCAUCUCU